AUUUAUUUAUAAUUAAAUGAAAAACUAACCAAACAUUUUAAGCUCAGUACCAACGGGCACAGGCUCAUUAGGGCGAUGUGUUAAUACCUCAAUCAGUCAUACAGAUCGAAAUAAAUUGAACAAUGCAGGAAUAAUAAUAUUAGUCACUAUUAUUUAUUAACAAAAUGGAUCUCAACACCGGCGAAAAUGUGUGUAGGUUAUGUGCCAAUCAUGGCAGUCAAUACUAUCCCAUUUUCGGUUCGACAACUUCCCCGAUAGCAGGGAAAAUCAACAAUUGUUUACCAAUAGAGAUAAGAGAAGACGACAGACUUCCAUCGCACAUUUGCCCCGGAUGCCUGGAGGCUCUGAAUAUAAGUGACAGACUCAGAGCCCAAUCUCUGAUAGCUGAUGAGCUACUCAGGCAGCAGUUGAGUAUAGUCCUGAUUGAUAAAAUAAAACAGGAGAAAGAUGUGGAGGUGGAUGAUGAAUCCCAGUCGAUGGACACGACUGAACGAUUGUUUUGUGGAAUAUGUGAUAUUAAUUUUUCUGGUACGACUGAGUUCGAUGACCAUAUGAAGUCAUCGCACUCUUCGCAAUGGAUUUGUAAUCUCUGUCAUGAAGAUUGCAAGACAUCAGAGGAUCUCCUCCGACAUAAAUAUAAAGAUCAUUACGACAGUAUUGAUCAGAAUAAAGAGGCGGAACUUGAUCUUCCCAAAGAUGAUGUCCAACAGUCUCCAAAGAUUGUUGAGCAGUCCCAGGAGCCUGAGGAUUCCGAUGGUUCAGCAGACGUCUCAGAUCACUACGUUGUGGUGAAUGAGCCCAUCGAAAUUAAAGAGGAAAUUCUGGACAAUUCUCGCUUUGUAUUCGCUCUGCAAUCCCCUCAGCGAAAAAAUAUUCUCUGCACCAUAUGUGGCGUGACAAUUUCCAAUGAGAAGUUGAUGUCCCUCCACGAUAAAAUGCACGAACCCCGACUCAUCACUUGCCCCACCUGCUUUCGAGAAUUUCCUUCUGCCUACGAUCUUCUCACUCACAAGCAGAAGGUGCACAGGGUCUUCAUCCAUCAGAAGAUGAAGUGGUUUUGCGAGAAUUGCGAGAGGUUUACAGCCAGUGUUCAGUUCCUCAGGCGACACAAGCUCUGCAGGAAGAUCAAGCUGCAGUGCAAGUACUGCAGCCUGCAGUUCUUCAAAAAAACCGAGCUGCAGAUUCACCAGAAGAAAAAUCAUUACGAAGAUGUGAUGAAGGAUCCGGAGUCGGAGAAGUUUGAAUGCGAGACGUGUGGAAAGAGUUACGUGGAGAAGUCUUACUACAAUUCCCACGUGAGGAAACAUCAAGCUAAGCAUGAAGGAAGAUACACGUGUCCAACGUGCGAGAGAAAAUUCUCAACAGCUGCAGUAUUAAAGUGUCAUAUCGAAGUUAUGCAUGAGAAACAGCCGAAAUAUGUAUGUGAUAUUUGCUUCAAAAGCUUCUGUGGCUCGAGGAAUCUGCAAGAGCACCGGAAGAGGCACGUGAGCCAGACGUGUCAAGAGUGUGGUGAAAAAUUUGAAAAUACUCGAGUACUAGCUACACAUUUACUGAAACAGCACAACAUAUCUGUCCCUUCUGCUGGGAAAUAUGCGUGUAAGAUAUGUGGAAAGAAGUUCUUGAAGAUGAGGCUCUUGAAGGAUCACAAGAAUACUCACACUGGGACGAGGCCACAUGUUUGCGAAACGUGUCAAAAAACAUUCAGGACCUAUGCGGCACGUUGGGCACACGAGCAGAGGCACAAGAAUGGAGGUUUCAUAUGUGAUUAUUGCAAGCAUAAUUUCACUGAUAAAAAUAACCUGAGGCGACACAUUUCCUGUCACCUGCCCCCUGAAGAGUGGCGAUAUGAAUGUGAAAUAUGUAACAGGAAAAUGCAGAGGCUGUCACACCUCCAACGGCACUUAGAGAGACACAAAACGACUCACCCGUACCGAUGCAACAUAUGUGAAUUUAGAUUCCCCAGUAAAGGAUCCAUGACUUCACAUAAAAAUCAAACACACAGUGAGAUACUCAGUAUUAAUUGUAAAUAAUUGUGACUGUGAGGGAAAUAAAAUUGCCUGAGACCAACUCA